AUGGGCAGAGAAUUAUUAAUUGGCUAUUUAGAGAAACCAAGUAACCAACAAAUAUUAUGUCGUCAAUAUUUUCCAUCAAAAUAUGGUGGAAAGCCUGCAUGGCUAAAUCCUCAGUAUUUACCAAAUGCUAAAAAUUUAAACUGUGAAUAUUGUGGUAUAUUGAUGACUUUUUUUUUACAGAUAUAUGCACCAAUAGAUGAUAGAGAUGAUUUAUUUCACCGUACAAUAUUUGUAUUUAUCUGUGUUCACUGUAGUUCAAGUAUUGUGGCAUUGAGGUGUCAGUUACCCAGAAACAAUCCUUACUAUGAUAUAAAUCCCCAUCAACCUCCUAUUGAAUAUAAUGCAGAGAUAUUUCAUGAUGAAUACUCAAAAUUAAAUUGUAAUAUAUGUGGUUUACCUCUAGAUAAAAUAUCUCAUGAAGAAUUAAAUCAUACUCUCUGCAUUAGUCAAAGCCCAAAGAAGUUGAUAUUACCAGAAUAUGAAAUAGUAGUAGAAUUUGGAGAUGAUUAUCAGUCUUCAGAUAAUAAAACAGAUAAUAGUGAUACAAUCGAUGAUCAAGAUGUAUCUGAAGAAGAUUUAAGUGAAAAAGUGGAAUAUAACGAUUUAGAUGAAUCAGAAAUGAAUGCCUUUAAUGAAAUACAAAAUAUGAAUGUCAACGAUUAUGCUUUUGAUGAGUUUAUAAGUUGUUCUAAAAAAUAUAGACAACAUAUAAUCCGAUAUAACUAUGGUGGAGAUAUAUUAUGGUUUUCUGAUCAUUCAAGACGACAAAAAAAUGUACCAAAAUGUGAUAAAUGUGGUGAAGACCGUAUAUUUGAAUUCCAAAUACAACCUGAAAUUAUUAUUUUGGGACAUCUGCCUUCUACAAUUGAUUUUGGAAUAGUCUCAAUAUAUACCUGCUCAAAGAAUUGUACUUCAGAUAGUACUGCAUAUACACAAGAAUAUGUAUUUAUACAAGAAAACCCAUAUUAA